AUUCUGACCCUUUUCAUUUCCUCUCUUUGUCGUCUUCUUCCUCAUUCCUUCUCCAUCUCAACUCAUCAAAAACCAAUAAUUAAUUAACUCCACCGCCACCUAACUUAAUAUCCAGAGAUGAUGAAGUUAUAAAAGAGUGGUCUCUAGCUACUGCUAAUAUCGGGGAGGUGGAAUCAGUGAAGUGAUCUAUGGAGUCGUGUGUCCCACCCGGAUUCCGGUUCCACCCAACAGACGAGGAGCUUGUCGGGUACUACCUGAGGAAGAAAGUAUCAUCGAACAAGAUCGAUCUCGACGUUAUCAGAGACAUUGAUCUCUACAGGACCGAACCAUGGGAUCUUCAAGAGAGGUGCCGGAUCGGGUACGAGGAGCAAAACGAGUGGUAUUUCUUCAGCCACAAGGAUAAGAAGUAUCCAACGGGGACGAGAACCAAUAGAGCGACCAUGGCGGGUUUCUGGAAAGCAACCGGGAGAGACAAGGCUGUUUAUGAUAAAUCAAAGCUGAUUGGCAUGAGAAAGACUCUGGUUUUUUAUAAAGGAAGAGCUCCAACUGGUCAGAAAACUGAUUGGAUCAUGCAUGAAUACAGGCUUGAAUCCCACGACAACGGACCCCCACAGGAGGAAGGAUGGGUGGUUUGUCGAGCGUUCAAGAAGAGAACCAGUACUUCUGGUCAAAACAAGACCAUAGAACAGUGGGACUCGAUCUAUUUCUGCGAUGAAGCGAGUGGCAUCAGCACCAUUGUCGAUUCGAUCGAUCACAUUUCGAGGCAGCAACCCCAUAAUUUCGAACCUCCGAAUAUGUUGUGUAAGCAAGAGAUAGAUGCGGAUCACUUGAACUUCGUCCACUAUGAUCAGUUCGUCCAGGUUCCUCAGCUGGAGAGCCCUUCUCUGCCACUGAUAAAGAGGCCGAACUCGAUAUCUCUAAUAUCAGAGAAUAAUCAUGACAAAGAAGAAGAAUAUCAGCAGCAGCAGCAGAAGAACGAAUUAUAUUGCGACAACUCGAAGAAAGUGACUGACUCGAGAGCCCUCGACAAAUUCGUAGCGUCUCAACUGAGCCAAGAGAUCAGAUACGGUGGCGAUGAAGGUGUUUCGAGCUUUGAAGCCAAUAAUGACAGUAACUCAGACAUGGCAUUGCUGUUAUUACAUGGUAGUAGUAAUGGUGGAGAAGAAGGGAAUUACAAGUUGAACGAGUUCUCGAAUUCAAGUCCAGAUUUUGAUAUUGGAUUCUGCGUAUUUGAUCAAUGAAGAUCGCUUAGUAUAUU